AUGUCGAAGAAUUUGUCGGAACAGUUGGAUGCAUUGCACGCUAAACUGUUAGCGAUAGGAACUGACUUGAUAUGUGUGAAGAGAAGUAAUGUGCUAGAUACGAAUGCAUCUGUUAAACGACCCAAAAUUGAUGUAAUGAGUGCUGAAGUGAAUGAUUCUAAUCCGUAUAGUCGAUUGAUGGCUUUGAAGAAAAUGGGUAUUGUGAAAAAUUAUGAUGAAAUUCGAAAAAAAACAGUGCUGAUAGUAGGUGUUGGUGGUGUGGGAAGUGUUGUUGCCGAAAUGUUGACGAGAUGUGGUAUUGGAAAACUUAUUUUGUUUGAUUAUGAUAAGGUUGAGCUUGCUAAUAUGAAUCGUUUGUUUUAUCAACCACAACAUUCUGGUAUGAGUAAAGUUGACGCAGCACGGAACACUCUCAGAGAAAUCAAUCCCGAUGUAGAUUUCGAGACGUAUAAUACGAAUAUAACGACUGUAGAGAACUAUUCUCUAUUUGUUGACCGAAUUAGGAAAGGAAAUCUUACCGGUGAGAAGGUUGAACUCGUCCUCAGUUGUGUGGAUAAUUUCGAAGCUAGAAUGACUAUUAACACUGCUUGUAACGAAGAGAAUCAGAUAUGGAUGGAGUCUGGUGUCAGCGAGAAUGCAGUAUCUGGUCAUGUGCAGUGUAUGCGUCCUGGAUAUAGUGCAUGCUUUGCUUGUGUGCCUCCUUUGGUAGUUGCUUCAAAUAUUAGUGAACGAACCCUGAAACGUGAAGGGGUUUGUGCUGCGUCAUUACCCACCACUAUGGCGGUCAUUGCCGGUUUUCUAGUACAAAAUGCCUUGAAGUUUCUUUUAAAUUUUGGUGAAAUAUCUUACUGCCUGGGGUAUAAUGCUCUUUGUGAUUUCUUUCCUCGACAUCAAAUGUUACCGAAUCCUAGUUGUGAAGAUCGUUUCUGUCAACAAAGACAGGAAGAGUGUAAGCAAUUUGUAAAUGAAAAUGAAACUAAAGGCAAUGAAAAGACAGAAGACGAGAUCACACAUGAGGACAACAACUGGGGAAUUGAAGUGUUGGAUGAAUCACUGAUUGGCCCUACUAAUGGUUGUUGUAGUGGGCCUGGCGAAGGGAUACAAUUUGCAUAUGAAGCUCCUAUUAAAGAGGAUACGGAGAGUAAGGAACAAAUAUCCGAGAUGAAGAACUUGUCAGCACUCAUGGCAGAAUUAAAAAGCUUAUAA